AUGUCUGAUUUUCACUCGAAUUUCCCAAAUAAUGGCGGUCGACAACGCGAUCGCCUCGACGAUAAUUCGGGAGGCGAAAAAAAUUGGAACGAUUUCGAAUCAUGUGCCCAAUUUGUUGCCAGGCUCUACAGCGAGCCAUCAUGGAAGAACUUCCAAGGUGCCGCAGAGGGAACUACGCAAUUGUACAAGACGUCAGUGGAUAACUAUCGUCGUGGAUUCGAUAAGGGAUUUCACUCGGGACGCACUCAUUUGGCGAAGGAGAUAAUAGGUGCAUUCCAAUGUUCUUCGGCGUUCAAUCUCAACACGGUUCUCGAAAUUUUGUAUAGAAACAUGCGCCUUCCAAAUGAGGAGGGAACUGGACACGACGAGCCAUUCACAUUUUCUCACGACACUGACGCGACGAUGCAGCUUUUUCAGAGAGCACUCACAGAUCCACCGAAUGUGACCAACGGUGGAGAGCAGCAGCGCAAUGCUCCGAAGCUAGAUGCUUUUCUCGAGUCCCAGGUGCAGCGUCACCGAAAAAGGCAAAGAUCGCCGGGCAAUGGUGGAUCCCCAGGAGGACACAACAAGCGACAGCGUCGUCUCUGA